AAGGAUUCUCUUCUUUCCUUGGUUUUUCAAAAUACUAUUAUUAUGCCUUCUUAUUCCUUCUGCAAGGAUCAUAGUAUUCAGUCUUGUCAAGUCUCCGUCGAGGAUUCUUCUCAAUGCGCUAAAUGUAUCCGUCUGAGUUGUUCUCAGUACAAUAUUCAAGAAUUGAGUAUAGCGGAAAUUCAUUAG